AUGCUUUUUAUUCUUCUUUGUUUCGUGACGUUUAUCGUGGUACUUGUGCAAUUGAGGCUCGUGGCUUCCGUUCGAGGUUAUUCAGGUAAGAGUGUUACUUGCUUUUAAAUAGAUAUUUAAGGAGAAUUCAGUUGUGAGGUCGUCAGAAAACGCGAUUCAAUGGUAUUGGCUGAGGCGAUUGUUAAGUUAGAUCCUACCCUGCCGCUGCUUUGAUCAUGAGACUUUCUCCGCUAUCUUAUGUAUGUAUGACUGGCCAAUCAAUAUAAGCGUAUUCGAAAGUUUUUGGAAGCGGUUUGGUGAGAGUUAGUGCCCAGACUCCCCCCGAACCUUUGCCCUGUUGUCCUUCUUUUGCCCGUAAAUAUUUCCUUCCCAUUAGCAGCCACUAGGUCUCCAGGAAGGAUUACUGAACUGGUGUUACUUUUGAAUCUAGAUACGGAUAACAUCGUAAUAUCUGCCGAUGAUAUCGUAAAGUGUACAAUAACUGCUGUUCAACAUCUAAAAUUUUCAGAUUGUAUGGUUGUCUUACAUGCUGAGGAUUCAAAUCCCAAAUCUAAUUUCUUAUAAACUGAGAAGAAGCUUUUUUCCUUCGCAGAAGACACAUGCCAGGAGCUUGGUCUACAGAAUAUAUCAGCAUUCAAUUAUACCUCGUUCUCGGCAAUAAAAUGCAAGCCACAUAGGUAUAGUGAUUAUCCGUAUUAUAUGGCUGAUAUAUAUAUAUCUGGUUUUCACUUGAUCUUAAGCGAAACGUAAACGACGGAGUCGUAAGCGGAAACGGAACGCUGUUUUCACUAGUUCAUAAGCUCUACGCUUCUGAUUAGGACUCCGACUCCGUCGCUACUGAAAACCAGCCUUUAGGGUGCUUUCGAUUGAUCUAAUUCCGGAAUAAGAAUACGCCAAAGUUUUGUUGCAAAUCUCUUGCACCGUGCUUUUUGGGCCACUACAAUAAUCGGGAUAUCUACUUUUAAGCAUGUUUCUAGUUAUUGCAGAGCAAUGAAAGUCAAAUGAGUGAUUUCAAGAGCUUAUUCUUUUUAGUCUUAUAGACCUCUUUCAUAAUGGCGCCCUAUUAAAAUAUUCUUUUUUAUGUAUAAUAAUUAGCCUUUCUGACCUCGUUUGAAAAAAAUAAUUCUUUUGUAUUUUGCACAUGCUAACGAGGUCAGAAAGGCUAAUUAUCAUACAUAUUUAAAAAUUAUUCUUCGAGCCCUAAUGGGCUGUGAGUCAAUAGCCCAUGAGGCCGAAGGCCGAAUGGGCUAUUGACUCGCAGAGGCCAUCAGGGCGAGAGAAAUAAUUGUUUUAGUAAAAUCCAACUAGUUGGUCAAAAAUAUCAAGACAAAACACGUUUGGCUAGUUAAAGCUAGACUUUAGUCCUUUUUUGCCGCCAAAAAGCAAGCGCUUUUCGCGACUAGUGGGCUAUACCAUAUAGCCUAGUAGUAGCUCAACCAAUCAGAACGCAGCAUUGAUAAUAGACCACUAGUUGGAUGUUACUAAAAAAGAAUAUAAUAAUAAUCGGCCGCCAAUAUGAAAGAGGUCUAUUCCGGAAUACCGUCAGUCGAACACGCCCUUAAUGUAAUACUUCAGAUAGAUAUAUCAUCAUAGGUAGAUCAUUAAUUGCUCCCUUCUUACAUAACUAACAUUUUAUUUAUUUUAUCAUUGCACAAAACAAAGGUCACAGAAAUCAUCCAGUCAGCUUCAUGUCUAAACAACCAAUCACUGGCUGGAUUCUGUAUGCCACGCGACAUCAACCGACUCAAGUUUUAGUUUACGGCAUUAGCUCUCUUAGUGAGCUCUCGGUAACGGUAUACCUAAGCAACUGACGAAGGAUCCAACAUUUUGGUUCCCAAACCGGUCUUGCAGUCAUAGCUAAACAGAGUGUUUACUUUACCAUGACACACUUACAAUCUGGUACCAGAUUGGCCUACACCGGCCUGGCCUACACCGCGGAAAGCUUGGUUCCGUAAUUAAAACUAUGCGGUCUCUUGACUUAAACAAGCAUAUUCUCAACCAGCUACCGAUUGCAGCUUAAUGGAAGGAAAGCUUUCCUUAGGACCUUUUAGUCCUAGUUAGAUCCUUCAACAACAACGCAAUCGUAAGAAAUUUCAUUCUUCGAAGCUUUUUAAAGAUAUGCCGCCAAUUUGAAGGGAAUUUGCAUACGAUCACCUUUUACUAGAACCGCGCUCGACCAGACAUGCCUAUCAUUCUGAUUACAGCGUAACUGAGCCAAUAAACUUUUAUAGUGCUGAUCAUUUCCACUCCUUCUGGCCCGCGAAAGUUGAUCGAAAUCCUGGGAACGUAGAAGCUGUGGACUCGUAGACUUUGUUAAAACUUCGAAAUUAUAAUAAUAUGCUAAUCUUGUCGGUGAAGUGUUUCGCCAAAACAUCACUCCAAACAGCCAGACAGAGCGUUUUUUAUUGUUCACAACGAAAAUUAACAGAGUGAUUUUCCGCGUCAAAUUGGGCAAAUUAGCCUUCAAGGCAAAAUUUUCGGCAAAUCUUACACAUUGUAUCACUAGCUCAUGACCUUCACGCUCAAACAAGAUCAAUUAGAUGUCCGCACACAACAAAGGUCAUAGAAAUCAUCCAAUCAGAUUGGAAGGAGUGCUGUUAUAUAGAUAACUUCGAAAGUAUGUUGUAGAAAGUUGAUCAGAAAGUGACGUUGGAUAAAAAUCCGUUGUCUCGGAGACGAUCGAUUUUAGCCGAUUUUAGGCGGCGAUUUCCUGCUUCUCAGAAGAUUUUAUGUACUGUUUGGUGCCGUGUUUAUAUUUAUAUUUUUAUCUCAGAGUGAAAGAGAUCUGUUAGUUCAUACCUGGAUUCGCAUUAACCAAAAAAAAUUCGUCCAUCAGAAGUGUUUGAUGGACUUUAUUACCGGGCAAGGUUGGGCAGCGCGAACAAAGAUCUUGCAUCGUCUCUCGUAACAAUUUUUUCAUCGACAAGUUUAUAUUUUUUUGCAAACAGUGCCUGUUUGUAAUCCUUAUGCGCAAAUAAAUCUUCUAUCAGCCAAGGGAAGAACAGACCGAAAGUGCCGACAGCUACAGCAUAAUGGGAAUUUCACCGAGGCUACGGCCGCAGAAAUAGCUUGAACCACAUUCUUGUGAUCUUGCGUUCAUUGAAGCGAGCGCAGUGUAUCGGUUUUGUUAUAAGCCUAACCUUACAGUUUUAAAAUCCUGUAUAUAUGGUUGUCUAGAUCUUUGAUAAUGUGUUUGUGUUUUGGUAGCGAUUUAUAACAAUUCAUUCUCCGUCAUUUCAAACGUAAAGUGUUAGAAAUAUUGAAUAUGAAUAAGAAAAAUGUUAUUGCUCGAUUUCUUAUCUUAAACCCGUUACCAAUCAUUUACGAUUUUUAGCGAAAUGGUCACAUGACAUAUCACGUGACUUAUUAACACAAUAUUUAUAGUUUAAAAUGUUAAGGACUAUGAGUUCUUUAUGUGUGCCAAAUUUUGAUUCAGCUUCCUAAUCUGCGCCGAAGUUAUAGCCAAGAAACCCCUUAGUCCCAGGCCUUAAAGUGCCCAUCACCUAAAAUUUUAUAUUUUCUUAUCUGAAACUAUACCUUAUUAAAGUAACUUCUGCGAAAAAAAAAAUUUUCGGAUUUGAACAAAACGCGAUUUUUUAACCAAUUUUUGAAGUCUGCAUUUUUGUGGUACAUGCGCGCCGCUGAUCACGCAAACUAGCAGGUUCACAUAUGACGUCAUGUGACGUAAAUUAAGGAACUCGCAUUACCUUGCCUUCACCCCCACCUUCACCAGCAAGUUUUUCGCAAAAGUUAUUUUAAUAGGGUGUAGUUUCAGAUAAGAAAAUAAAAAAUUUUAUAUGAUGGGCACCUUGAGCUACUUGAGUUGGAGAUGCGGCCAACUGUCUCUCAACGGACACCUCUAUAUAUGUAAGUCACGCCCCUGAAAUGAACACUUAGAGUUGGACCCUACCAUUCUUCGGCCAUUUUGUUUGCUCGGUAAAGCGCGGAGACUUCUCCUAAGAUGGACACAACAUUUUCUGUCCUAAUGAUGUCCCUCUUAGAGCGAGUUGACUAUACCUUAUAGUAUUCAUUUUCACUUAUACUUUUUACUAGACCGAGUAGAGUCGGAUGUGCACAAGCCUAUAAAUAUUACGGACGCCCAGGGCACAUUGAACACCGAAAAUGUGACGAGACUCGUCACCCUGACAUAUGUUCGUUUAAAGAAACAAAGUCUGGAAAUCACGGACUGUUAUGUAACGCCGAGGUUUGUGUGUCCUCGAAUAUCACCAUAGGCUCUGUGAAUGCGGCAAUGGGCAAAGUCACUGACUGGAUUCCUACAUCCAAGGUGACAAUAACUGGAACUGUACAAGAAGCCGUAAAAACAAACCAAAAAAACGGCUUUGGCUUUUUGUACAUAAAGUGUGGGAAUAUUCUUCAGUCACUCAUCUUUCCACCGAUCCUAAAGAAAGUCGAAAAUGACAGCGAGAGAAACAACAUAAAUGUUAACGUGGUUGUGCUGGACUCUGUGGCAAGACCGCAUUUUUAUCGAAUUCUGCCAAGAUCAGUGGCGGUACUUCGCAGGAUUGCACAAGAUCCCGAUAUCAAGGCGACUGCGUUGGAUUUUGAGUUGUUCCAGAGUGUUGGUCAACAGAGUUUUGACAACCUGAGGCCCUUCUUUUCUGGUGUUAUCAAAGGUAAACGUUACGGAGUGUCCGUAUCAUUCAGGCCCCGUUUAUAUGGAGAUAACAGGUCCCGGGAAAAAGGGUAAGUCAUUUUUCUUACAUUUCCAUGCAAAACGCGGAGAACCGUUCACAUGAGAAGCGUUGAAUAAACAGUUGGCGACCCGCUCGCCUUCUUUUCCGAUGAAAGGGUCACCCCUCCCUCCCCUCCCCCCCCGCCCCCAUAUAAACUUUGGCUCGCCUAGCCGGGCCAAUUCAUUUAACGCGCAGGGCAUGCGCUGUCGCUGUUUUUUGACAAUCAGAGCAUGCACGAUCACUGUUGGCUCGGGCAAAGAUGUUCACUUUUUCUCUUAUAAGUUGAAACGGCUUUUUCAUAGGGAGCUUAAGCAACGGCGACGGCAACGAUAACGUCAAAAAGCAAAACAUUAAAAAGUUUAUACAUGCAGCACACUUUUGGUACAUUACUUUGCCUUAACUUUACGGCCACCAGGUCCUUAUGCGACGUUUUAUGGACGAAGAUUUUUUCUCUUUCCAAUCUCGGAUGCGGUAUCCAAGAAUUCGACUCCAGAGAAAUUCACACUGACUUUCAAUCACGAGUUGUAACAAUUGCGAUAAUUCUUCUCCAAUUGCGAUAAUUCUUCUCCAUAUUUCUUCAUAUGAUACGAGAGCGGAAUUCAAUAAUUGUUUUAUUAUUCAAAAGACAUUCAAAAUAAUUCCUAGUUUAAAAACAUAGCUAAAACAUACCUACUUCCAUCGAUGUUAAGUUCACCUUCGAUAGUGCACAUUUAGGGUUGUUCAGCUCUGCAAAUAUUCUCCAAAUAGCAGAUGUCGCCCUUCUAGUUGUCUUCUUGCUUUUCGUGCCAUGUUUUUAGCUAUUAUUUUGCCUAGUUCUUACUCUUGAAACGAGUGAAAUGUCCGCCAUUUUUGUCUUCACAUAAACAACUUGAUUAAUCGCAAAAUUCUUCCAAAUUUGGUCAACAGCAGCUGUUUAUGGUGAAUUAUGCGUGUGGUUUUAACCAAUCAGAAACGGGGAAAUAUUUUGAAUGAAUAAUAACAUUAAUUAAUCCCCGAAGAUGACAUUUACAAUUCAAAUGGAAUGUGAAAAAUGACGUUGUCGCUGCCGUCGCCUUCGUCGUUGGGCUAGAGCUUCCUACUGGCUGGUUUUAUUAGCGAUGUUGAAGGCAAAGCCAUGGAGGGAAGGGUGUUGGAUUGUCAGUUGUCAGUAAAAUUUCCUAUGUUGCUUUUUCAUUGUUGUUAGAUGUCCAGGCUGAGCCAUCUGUAAAAAGUGUCAUUUAUUUGUUUAUUUAUUAUAAAAAAAAACAACAACAACAGCGGGUGCAAACGAACGGACCCAAGCUCCCCACAUGCCUAGUCCGUGUGCGGCUUCUUUCCAGGGCUAUUCGGUCAACGCAUUUCGAAGGCGUAUCCGAGACGAACACUCGAUCGGACCACGUGACCCGAAAGGCAUAGGCUGCGCGGGUAAUAAUGAGGCCUAGGGACUAGGGACUAGGCAGGGUUCCUACCAGGUCAUCGACCCUAUAAACCGCAAUAAACUUUUCGCGUUCGUCCAUGGGAACUGCUAGAAAUACUUCUUGUUUCAUCAGUUCAUUUAAUCGCAAGCUUGUUGUGCGUAGUACAAAUAACCUUAAAAACAUGAAAUUGCACUUUUUUUUUGUUUUUCUUCGGAUACUCUGGAUACUCUGGAUUUCCAAAUUUUCCCCUCAAAAUCACACACUUCCCCGUUCCAAUUGGCCUUUUGCAGUUCAGCUUGACCCAGAGAUACAAAGGGCCUUUCGGAUGUGCAACGUACGGAAAGUUCUUAAACGGGCCCUUACAAGCUCCUAGUAGUUUCGUGGGAAAGUAAAUUGCAUAUUGUGGCCUUUUAGUUCCAUUUAGAUUUAAUACAACACUGUUUUUUCUUCUUCUAUAGAUGACAAUGAAAUCAGUGACAGAGCAAAGACCGCAAAGGACCCUCUGGGGGUAGAAGUGUUGUUUGGAGCCUUCAGUAAAUGGGGCUACCAGACUCUCUUCCAAGAAGAUCUUUGUUGGUAUGACUACUGGGGUAUGGCAUUGACGGACCAUCAAGUAAGAGCAAGCCCUAAUGGAGAUACUGAAUUUGAAGACAGGUACCUUUGUAAAUAUACUACAUAAGUUUAGAGAGGAAGGUACCAAUAUUAUGAAAUAUUCGGAAAAAUAAUGGGGCCUUAGAAUUUAGUCCACUUAUAAAGGAAACGGUAUCUUUUUUAUGUUAGGGACGUUAAGUGAAUCGCUACGGCGACCACUAUUACAUCCUCGGAGACCCAGUGGCAGUCAGUCAGGUCGAGAGAAAAGGCGCGACGAAAGAAACUUUCGUCGCGCCUUUUCUCUCGACCCGACUGACUGCCCCUGGGUCUCCGAGGAUGCCUCUAUUACGGCGGUCGUGGAUACGGAGUCCUGGGGAGAGCACGUUCAAGAGACACCACCGUAGUCCGCCACCUUUAACAAAGAGGCACCCAAACAGUGACUACGGGAUUUUUCGCUCAUUCACUUUCGCUGUAGGCAGGGAAGACGUAAUUACUGGAAAACCAGACCGGGCGUGAAAUACUUUCUUGAUAAAGUGAAAAAAAAUCUGCGCAUGAUAGCUUUUCAAACCAGUGCUAGUUAAAAUAGGAGAAAGGUCGAAUUUUAUACUCACAUAGUAGUGACUUCGCCACAAGACAGGUCUUCACCAGGGCGGAUAAAGGUUCCAACCUUUAUCCGCCCUGUUAAUUUCCAAGCAUGCGCACUGCGCUGUUUUUGAUCUUUUUACUUCCGGCCACCGCGGUAGAGGUCGCCGUAGCGAUUUGCUUCAAGACCCUACUAUAAAGUUAAAACUUAAGUCAAACCCUGUAACAUGGACACUGAAGGGCCAUAGAAAUUUUGCGUAUUAACGGGGUGUCUGUAUUGAGAGGGAAUCCAUAACGCAGGUUUUGAGUGUAUAGUUAGUUGUUUGCUUGUUUGUGUUUUUUCUUAGAUUGUCAAAUUCAGUUCCGACUUUUUUGAUAGCUGUUUCAGUGCAUACGAUUAUUUGGGUGCUACUACGGGAAAAAUUGUAUUUGGUGCACAAUCAAAGUGCCCAUAACCUAAACCAUGUUCUUUAAUUUCUUAUCUGAAAGUACACACUACUAAGAGAGCUUUCCGUUGACGAAAAAAAUUGCGAUUUGAAGAAAACGUGAUUUUUUUAACGAAGUUUUUUGGUGUGUUGCUUUAAUGUCUACGUUAAAGGUGCUACUAUGAGAAAAAAUGUAUUCUGUUGCAGAUGGAGGGAAUUCCAAACCCGAGUGAGUACAAAGCAUAUUGACGACUUUGGCCUGACACAUUUUUCCUGCACAGUACUUAAAAAAUACAGCAUGACAAACCAUUACGAGACUCCACCUCAGGUUUGUCUAAACGGAGAGUUUUACAGCCAGUAUUUUCUGGAUUACAUAACGAAAGUUUACUCUGCCAUGAACAGAGACAAAAAGGCCAAAUCGAUGCUGUCCUUUAUGCACUUUAACACUGGACACGAGUAUACUGGGGUACGAAUGAUCAACAUGGAUGCCAACUUGGCAAAGUUCUUUGUGAACAUGAUAGUUCAGAGCCCUGACACUCUUACUGUGAUAUUUUCCGACCAUGGCAGCAGGAAUACUCAGUAUAGUUAUACUGACGAAGGGAGAAGAGAGACUUUUGAUUCGUUCCUGUUUAUGAUAAUUCCAGACCAAGUGGCUGAAAAGCUAGGUCAUCAGCGAAUGACGGCCCUGGUUGAAAACCAAAAGCGUCUCUUUACGUUGCUGGACCUACAUAGAGCACUUGUGUCUUUAAACCAUCCUGAACUAAGAGCUCCCAGAAUUCCAUGGCAGUAG